CCCAUACCCACAUCAAUUUUGUAAACAACCACCACCACUAUGAUCUAUUUCCACUGCACCUAGUUUCUGCGACUUGAGCGCUUAAUUAUCACACACCUAUUCCUUCGUUCUUUCGCCAAUUCUGUCUUUCAGGCCAUCCUAAACCCCAUUGGCAAUGCCCAUUUAUCUUCCCCGUAGUGAUAUGGAGUCUAUGUUCCGAAAGGCGUUCAUGCUGACCGUCAGUUUCCUGCUGGCCUCAGUUGGUUUUUCUUUGAGCGUGGUUUCAUUCUUGUUGGGUAUUUUCUUCCCCGACAUACAGGAGCGACCCCCACGUCGUAAGGACCCAAUCCGCGUCUCCAAAAGGAAAAAACCGCGUCAGCAUCAAGUUCGUGACACAACCAGGUCUCGGGAGCGUGGCCUCGUUACGGAGGAGGCGCGACCAGUUUUCAAUCUUCUCGUACAACCGAUUGAUAAUGUUCAUGACUCCGACGGUCCGAUUGUCACCGAACCGACGGAGCGGGGGCGUAGCGAAACUUUAAUGAGUGACGCGCCCAACCCGGGGUCAUCGUCACCUCCACCGCAUUCGCGCGCGUCCAUGUCACCUUCCGAAUACUCAGAGCGUUCAGAAUCGAGCGCUCAGAUAUAUGAUUUUCCUACAGCAUCGAGCGAGGAAUCAUCUCCGCUUCGUAAUUCGCAUGUGCAUGGUUUCCGGAUCGGACGCGCAUGGAAGAAAUCAAAAUCCUCCAUCCCAAUGCCUUCUCCGAUGGAACGCUCGAUUGUUAAUGACCUACCAACAAUUAAAAAAUCAAAAACAUUUCACAAAAGCUCUAGCAUGGAGAAAAAAGGCAUAUGCAAGGCUAGGUCAUUCUGCGUCAUUGAGAGGGAAAAAAACCCGAAAGUACCAUCCCCUCGUCCUCGUACACAUCCAUAUGAGGCGCCAUAUUUUACACCACUUCCAGGUUCGGGGCCCGUUUUGUCUGUGCCUAAGGCCAAGCAGCCGAGUCGUAGCAGUACGUUACCACCCCCAUCAAAUCGCCGGGCAACGACGACUCCCCCACUGCUUACGCCGGCACGGACUACUUAAUGUUUCAUGGACAUCACUAUCGUUUUCUAUCAGAAUUUCAACAGUUCAUAAUUGCUAGCCUCAUUCAUUAUUUAUUUCGAUCACUUUUAAAUAAUCGGUUGGAAAUUUAGGCUCACCGGUCUGAUAUACACAGCCUCACAUUCCUUGCAUCAAAAUGUACUUGUAUCUGGGUAGAAUUUGUAUCAUUAUUAUAGCUUUUGUUUCGCUAAACGAUCACGAAAGGCAUGGGAGAACGAAGGUCAAAUCGCCAAACGGGGAUACUUUCAUGC